AUAAGUGAUUCUUCCUACCAAACCCCAACGCCAAAACGCCAAAACGCCAAAAAGAUCAAAACUUCCUCAUUGUAUUUCACACAAAAUCUCUCCUUCAGUUCUCUUCUCUCUCCUUCUCUAACCCCCAUUUCUAUAAAACCCUAAUCCUUUCCUCUUCUAAACCUCGAACCCCUCGCCAUAUCCCUUCAUCCCUUACCUUCUUCCCCUUUCUCUGCUUCAAUUUCUGCUAAUGGAGUCGCUUCUGGUUCUCAAUUCCACCCCCUGCGCCUCCCCUUUGAAGCCCCACAAGCCUAUAGCUGCUGCUGUUCCUCUCCGCUCUCGCCCCUCUUCGUCUCUGAGGCUUGAUCCCUUGAUGGGUUUUGGUGCUUGUAAGGUUUCCUUUGUUGCUAAUACUUUUCAGCGUAAUGGGUUUCUUUCGUCGUAUCGAAAGUGUACGUUGAGUCGACGGGUUCUGGCGUUUGCUGCGUCCCAUGAAGAGUCGCAUUCAGAAACUCAAGGGAAGAAAGAAGGAAAAGAUUUAGACUUUGAUGCUGAAAAGGCACAAGAGUUGUGGAAAAAUGCUUUAGAUUCCUUCAAGGAACAAGCUGUGAAGAUGAAAGCAAUUUCAAAGGAUGCGUAUGAUGAAUACUCUGAGAAAGCAUUAGUUGCUCUGAAUGAAACUUCAAAGCUUUUGAAAAUUCAAGCAGAUAAGGCAAAGGAUGAUUUGGCUUUAAUAGUGCAAGAAUUCAGUGAAGAAAGUAAAGAAUAUAUUACCUCUGCCACAGAGAAUUAUCCUGAAGAAAUCAAGGAGAUUGUGGAAACAUUUACUUCUCCAACUGACGACUUAAGUGAUAUUUCAAAAGUUCAUGAAUUCUAUUAUGGGAUACCAUACGGACUGGUCCUUUCUGUUGGUGGUUUUGUUUCCUUCAUGCUAACGGGAAGUCUUGCUGCAAUUAGAUUUGGAGUGAUACUUGGUGGUGCUUUGUUGGUGUUGAGUAUUUUGAGCUUGCAGUCGUACAAAAGAGGACAAUCACUUCCACUUGCUCUGAAGGGGCAAGCAGUGAUUGCAAGUAUUCUAUUUCUCAGAGAGUUGCGCUUGCUGUUUCAGAGACCAUCAUUUUUUAGUCUUCCGACUACUUUGAUCAGUGCAACUAUGGUCACACUAUAUUUCUAUAGGAUCGCUCUGGAUGCUCGCAUCAAAAAGGGAAAAGAUUUCAGGACAGAAUGAAAACCAGUCAGGUGAGUUGCUUUUUAUGCACAUAUGGACACUCGGAUGGAUGGAAGGUCGACAGAUAAAGGCCAUUGUGACAGUCUAUCUAGAUAUGCCCGACCAAUCAUUUUAAUGGAGAGCGUUCCCUGAAUUUCUGCCCUGAUUCAGUUUUCUUUCUACUUGUAGGAGAAACUUUACCAGAUCUCCAUAUCUUCACGAUCUGAAAACCACAGUUAGCAUACUUGAAGAGAAUAGUUUCUGCUUGUUCAGUUUAAAAAAAAACCUUUGAAAGAAAUGGUAUGAUGCUGCUAAGGCUAAGAGUUCCAAGGAAGUAGACUAUGAAGUUGAAGUUUGAUUGGGAAAAAGGGUAUGGAAAUUUGGAUUAUGAUUAGGUUUGAUGGUAGGGUAGUAUCUUACAUUUAUCUGUUGCUAGCUGGCUUUUAAGAGCAUCAAAGAAAUGGAUUUAAUAUUUCUUUCUUUCUUUCUUUCUUUCUUUCUUUCUUUCUUUCUUUCUUUUCUUUUUGAGAGUUCAUUUUCUCUUUUAUUGAGUGUCGACAAGACAACAAUGUGAAGGAGCCAGCUGAGUUGAAGAGGUGGUUGGAAAAAACUGGCAACUCCCAAGUAAUUUGAAUGUGUUUUUAAGUUUUGUCGACUCCAUUUGUACUAAAAAUAAUUGUAAAACCAUCGAGAGAAAUGAAUCCAUAUGAUUUGAUGUGGUUUCCUAA